AUGGCACCUAUCAAAGAGAUUCACUCGAAAGCUGAGCUGGACGCGCUGUUGGAGGCGAAGAAAACUGGCCUCACAGUCAUCGACUUUCAUGCACAGUGGUGUGGUACGCUCCGUUCCUCACGCUUCUCCUUGCUCUGGACGUCUAGAUCUCUCAGAUUAUCGUUAUUCGCAUCCUUCUUGCGCCCAUGUCAUGCUAUUGCACCCCGCUUCACUCAAUUGAGCCAAAGAUACUCAGACGUCGCGUUCGCGAGAGUGGACGUAGAUCAAGUGCAGCCGGUCGCUCAGCAAUACUCCGUCACCGCCAUGCCUACAUUCCUCUUCAUCAAGAAUAAAGCCGUCGUCGAUACAUUGAGAGGAGCAGAUCCGAGCGGCUUGGAGAGUCGCAUCAGAACUCACAGUCAGUCGUCUGACUCUGGCGGAGCUGGAGCCUCAUCGUCAGGGUCGGGAACGGUUGGGGAGACCUCGCUAUUGGAGCACCUCGAUCUGAAGCAACUUAACUGUCUGAAUGAGGCCGAUGGACAUACUCUUAAAGAUAUUCUCGGGAACCGUAGGAAGAAUACCACAGGAGCAUACCUUUUGAGUGAUGCCGAUGAGCAGUUGCUUCUGUCUAUUGAGUUCAAUCAAACUGUCCGCAUUCGCUCCAUCCUUAUCAAAUCAUCCUCCGCCUCUCAAGCUCCCAAACUCGUCAAAAUUCUCGUCAACAAGACCGCGAUUAGCUUUGACGAUGUUGAAGAUGCUCAGGAGCCUGAAGUUGCACAGAUUCUAGAGUUGACGCCGGAGCAGGUCGCAGGGGAGGGUCAGGCUGUGCCCCUGAGGUUUGUGAGGUUCCAGAAUGUGAACAGUAUACAUAUUUUCGUCGCAUCGAACCAGGGUGGCGAGGACGAGACCCGCAUUGACGCCGUAGACGUCUUUGGUUCAACUACUGGAACAACCAGGGAUCUCAGUGGGCUGAAGAGGCAAGAGGACGACUAGCUCCUCACGAAUAGUGGCCUCUUGUGAUAUGUUAGUUGUGUACGCUGUGGAGGAACGUGUCAGAAUAUACUAAAAGGACAGAAACUCUAGAAUUCCGUCUGUAUGACCAUAUUUUGUAAAUUUACGGGCGCUCGACCGAUUUUGCGGCUUGCCCAUGAAAUUGU